ACAUCACCGCUAUUGAUAGAGUUCAGUGCAAUUGCCAGUGCCAUUUUGAACGCCGAACGAGUAAAGAAAUACACAGUUAUUUGGUUGUGAAUUUGUGUUGGAAAUAGGUACAAAGGCAUAGGGAUAGGAAAGUGAAAACACACCACCACCAUGGAUCAAAUACCGCCGCCGAAGGAAGUAAAAAUCCUCGAGACAGCGGAAGAUAUUCAAGAAAGACGUCAACAGGUUUUAACCAGAUAUGACAACUUUAAAGCAGAUGCUAGAGCAAAAAGAGAAAAACUAGAAGAUUCUAGACGCUUUCAAUAUUUCAAACGCGAUGCUGACGAACUCGAAUCAUGGAUUCUUGAAAAAUUACAGGCAGCAUCUGAUGAAAGCUACAAAGAUCCUACUAAUUUACAAGCAAAAAUUCAAAAGCAUCAAGCUUUUGAAGCAGAAGUAGCCGCACAUAGCAAUGCCAUCGUAGUGCUAGACAACACAGGACGCGAAAUGAUCAACCAAAAUCAUUACGAAUCCGAAACAAUUCGUCGUAGACUUGAGGAAUUACACAGACUUUGGGAGCAGUUAUUACAGAAGUUAGCCGAGAAGGGCAAUAAACUACAACAAGCUUUAGUUUUGGUGCAAUUCAUCCGACAAUGUGACGAAGUCAUGUUCUGGAUUAACGAUAAAAGCACUUUCUUGUCAACCGAGGAAUUUGGACAUGAUCUUGAACACGUCGAAGUUCUACAACGCAAAUUCGAUGAAUUCCAAAAAGAUAUGGCAUCACAAGAAUAUCGUGUCACCCAAGUUAACGAAUUAGCCGAUAAGCUUCUCCAAGAUGGACACCCUGAACGCGAUACCAUCAUUAACAGAAAAGAAGAGUUGAAUAGUGCGUGGCAACGUCUGAAACAGAUGACAGUACUACGUCAAGAGAAACUUUAUGGAGCGCACGAAAUUCAAAGAUUUAAUCGCGAUGCCGAUGAAACUGUCGCUUGGAUUGCGGAAAAAGAUGUUGUUUUGUCAUCUGAUGAUUACGGACGCGAUUUGGCUAGUGUUCAAGCCCUGCAACGGAAACAUGAAGGUGUUGAGAGGGAUUUGGCAGCCUUGGAAGACAAAGUGUCUACCAUAGGCAAGGAAGCGGACCGACUUUGCGCCAUCCAUGGAGACCACGGCGACCAGAUCCAAUCAAAACGAGCCGAAAUCGAAGACUAUUGGCAAAGUCUUACAGCUAAAGCCAAAGAACGUAGAGAGAAGCUGGAAGAAUCGUACGCUCUCCAUAGAUUUUUAUCCGAUUUCCGUGACCUUGUUUCAUGGAUCAAUGACAUGAAAGCUAUUAUUUCUGCCGACGAAUUAGCCAAAGAUGUAGCUGGUGCGGAAGCACUUCUAGAGCGUCAUCAAGAACACAGAGGAGAAAUUGAUGCUCGCGAAGAUAGUUUUGCUGCGACUGCUGAAGCAGGAAGAAUCUUACUCGAAAAGGGACACUUUGCGAGUGAUGAAGUUAAAGAAAAGUUAUCCACACUUGCAUCUGACAAAAAUUCUUUAUUGGCAUUGUGGGAAGAGCGACGUAUUUUGUACGAACAAUGCAUGGAUUUGCAGCUAUUUUAUCGAGACACAGAGCAAGCUGAUACAUGGAUGGCGAAACAGGAAGCUUUCUUGGCCAACGAAGAUUUGGGUGAUUCUUUGGAUUCUGUUGAAGCAUUGAUCAAAAAACAUGAAGAUUUUGAGAAGUCCUUGGCAGCUCAAGAAGAAAAGAUUAAAGCGCUUGAUGAAUUCGCAACUAAACUGAUUGAUGGUGAACACUAUGCAGCAGAUGACGUGGCCCAAAGGCGCGCGAUGUUGCUUGAACGCCGAUCUGCUCUGAAAGAAAAGUCUGCUCAACGAAGAGCACUUUUGGAAGACGCUUACAAGCUUCAACACUUUGAACGUGAUUGUGACGAAACUAAAGGGUGGAUCAACGAAAAACUUAAAUUUGCAACCGACGAAAGCUAUUUGGAUCCCACUAAUUUAGGUGGAAAAGUACAAAAACAUCAGAAUUUCGAACAGGAACUUAAUGCGAAUAAGACCAGAAUGGAAGAAAUUACUUCUACAGGCCGAGAACUGAUUGAUGCCAAUCAUUAUGCAGCACCUCGUGUUCAAUCUCGCACGGAAGAAAUCGUGAACCUUUGGGAAACUUUAGUACAAUCAACAGACAAAAAGAGUUCAAAGUUGCAAGAAGCUAGUCAACAGCAGCAAUUUAAUCGCACUAUUGAAGAUGUCGAGUUGUGGUUGUCAGAGAUUGAAGGACAACUUAUGUCUGAAGAUUAUGGCAAAGAUCUUACUUCUGUGCAAAACUUGCAAAAGAAACACGCUCUGUUGGAAGCAGAUGUUGCCUCACACCAAGAUCGUAUUGAAGGCAUAACGGCAGCCGCUAAUCAGUUUGUCGAACGUGGUCACUUUGAUGCCGAUAACAUCGCUCACAAGCAGAAAAUUUUAACUGAUAGAUAUACCGCUCUACAGACUCCUAUGGCCAUUCGCAAACAACGUUUGUUAGACUCGUUGCAAGUUCAACAGUUAUUCAGAGACAUUGAAGAUGAAGAAGCUUGGAUUAGAGAAAAGGAGCCAAUCGCAGCUGGUACAACUAGAGGGCGCGAUUUGAUUGGCGUUCAAAAUUUGAUAAAAAAACACCAAGCCGUUUUGGCGGAAAUUAAUAAUCACGAUGGACGAAUUAGUGCUGUCGUUGAUGCAGGAAAACAAAUGAUGGAAGACGAACACUUUGCUAGUGAUCAAAUUCGUAACAGAGUCAACGCUCUCUAUGAUCACUGGAUUCAAUUAAAGGAGAAAGCUAAUCAGCGUAAACAAGACUUGGACGAUUCACUCCAAGCCCAUCAGUAUUAUGCAGAUGCGAAUGAAGCUGAGUCUUGGAUGAAAGAAAAAGAGCCAAUUGUAAGCAGCACUGAUUAUGGCAAAGAUGAAGAUUCUUCAGAAGCAUUGUUGAAAAAACAUGAAGCUUUGAUGAGUGAUUUGAUUGCUUUUGGAAAUACUAUUGAAGGACUUAAAGAGCAAGCUCGCAAUUGCAGACAACAAGAACCUCCAGUAGUCGACGUCACUGGAAGAGAAACUGUUCAAGCUUUGUAUGACUACACCGAAAAAUCUGCCCGCGAGGUGUCGAUGAAAAAAGGCGAUUUACUUCAUCUCCUGAAUUCUAGCAAUAAGGAUUGGUGGAAAGUAGAAAUUCACGAUCGUCAAGGUUUUGUUCCCGCCGCAUACGUCAAAAAAGUCGACGCAGGACUCACAGCUUCCCAACAAAAUCUCGUCGACAAUAAUUCCAUCUCAGCCAGACAAAAUCAAAUUAACACUCAAUAUGAUCGCUUACUCGCCCUGGCCAGAGAACGCCAAAACAAACUUAACGAAACCGUCAAAGCAUACGUUUUGGUUAGAGAAGCCGCCGAACUCGCUUCUUGGAUUAAAGAUAAAGAAAUGCACGCCCAAGUCCAAGACGUCGGUGAAGACCUGGAACAGGUGGAAGUGAUGCAAAAGAAAUUCGAUGAUUUCCAGACAGAUCUGAAAGCUAACGAGGUGCGUCUGGCGGAGAUGAACGAAAUCGCUAUGCAGUUGGUGUCGUUGGGACAAACUGAAGCUGCUCUCAAGAUUCAAACUCAAAUGGAAGACUUGAACACGAAAUGGACGUCAUUGCAACAGUUGACGGCCGAAAGGGCUAAUCAGUUGGGAUCAGCCCAUGAAGUGCAGAGAUUCCACAGAGAUGUAGACGAAACUAAAGACUGGAUUCAGGAGAAAGAUGAAGCACUUAAUAAUGACGAUCUAGGAAAAGAUUUGAGAAGCGUACAAGCGUUGCAGAGAAAGCAUGAAGGACUCGAAAGGGAUCUAGCUGCUCUAGGCGACAAGAUUAAACAACUGGACGAAAUAGCUUUACGCUUGGUACAAACUCAUCCCGAGAGUGCUGAACAGACUCGAGCUAAACAAGAGGAAAUCAACGAACUGUGGACACAAUUGACCGCAAAAGCUAACAAUCGUAAAGAAAAAUUGCUUGAUUCGUAUGAUUUGCAACGUUUUCUCAACGAUCACCGUGACCUUAUGGCUUGGAUGAAUUCAAUGCUUGGUUUAGUGACUUCAACUGAACUCGCUAAUGACGUCACUGGUUCAGAAGCACUUAUUGAACGCCAUCAAAGCUACAGGGCUGAAAUAGAUGCACGUUGUGGAUUACCUCAGGAACACCGUACCGAAAUUGAUGCACGUGCAGGAACUUUCAAUGCUCUUAAACAAUUCGGCGAGCAACUCCUCAAUUCCCAACACUACGCCAGUCCAGAAAUUCAAGAGAAAUUGGAACAGUUGAAUGACUUCCGCAAAGAACUUGAGAGACACUGGAUCGAAAGACGAGUCCAACUAGACCAAAAUCUCGAUCUUAAUCUGUUCUACAGAGACUGUGAACAAGCUGAGAACUGGAUGUCAGACCGUGAGGCUUUCCUUGCAUCAGACGAAGUUGAUUCCAACGGUGACAACGUCGAAGCCCUUAUUAAGAAACACGAAGAUUUCGAUAAAGCCAUCAAUGCUCACGAAGAGAAAAUCGCCGCUUUGGAAAGCUUAGCCAAUCAGUUGAUCGAAAACGAACACUAUGCCUCCCAAGACAUCGACAACAAACGAAAACAAGUACUAGACAGGUGGCGCCACUUGAAAGAAGCUCUUAUCGAAAAACGCUCAAAACUCGGCGAGAGCCAAACCUUGCAACAAUUUUCACGAGAUGCUGACGAAAUCGAAAACUGGAUUGCCGAAAAAUUGCAACUGGCUACGGAAGAAAGCUACAAGGAUCCGGCAAAUAUACAAUCAAAACACCAGAAACAUCAAGCCUUCGAAGCGGAGCUGGCAGCGAAUGCGGAUAGAAUCCAGUCCGUCUUGGCAAACGGAGCGAAUUUAAUCGAAAAAAGACAAUGCGCUGGUUCAGAAGAAGCCGUUCAGAAGCGCUUGGAAUCUAUCGCCGAUCAAUGGGAGUUCCUUACGCAAAAGACCACUGAAAAGUCGAUGAAACUCAAGGAAGCUAACAAGCAGAGGACUUACAUUGCUGCGGUUAAAGAUUUGGACUUCUGGUUAGGAGAAGUAGAGAGUUUGCUUACGAGUGAGGAUGCUGGCAAAGAUUUAGCAUCAGUGCAGAAUUUGAUGAAGAAGCAUCAGUUGGUUGAGGCUGAUAUUCAGGCGCAUGAGGACAGAAUUAAAGAUAUGAAUGAUCAAGCAGAUUCUCUUAUCGAAAGUGGCCAGUUUGACACGGCUUCUAUUCAAGAGAAACGUCAAUCCAUUAACGAACGAUAUGAACGAAUCAAGAACCUUGCAGCCCAUCGCCAGGCUCGCCUCAAUGAAGCCAACACUUUGCACCAAUUCUUUAGAGACAUUGCUGAUGAAGAGUCAUGGAUCAAGGAGAAAAAGCUAUUGGUGGGAUCCGACGAUUAUGGUCGCGACCUAACUGGUGUGCAAAAUCUCAAGAAAAAACACAAGCGUCUUGAAGCCGAACUGGGCUCUCAUGAACCCGCAAUUCAAGCUGUACAAGAAGCUGGCGAGAAACUAAUGGACGUCUCUAACCUUGGAGUUCCCGAAAUUGAACAGCGCCUCAAAGCGCUCAAUCAAGCUUGGGCCGAAUUGAAGCAACUAGCGGCCACUCGCGGUCAAAAACUAGACGAAUCGCUUACUUACCAACAAUUCCUCGCCAAAGUUGAAGAAGAAGAAGCUUGGAUUAGCGAAAAGCAGCAGUUGUUGAGUGUUGAAGAUUAUGGUGAUACAAUGGCAGCUGUUCAAGGUUUAUUGAAAAAACACGAUGCUUUCGAAACCGACUUCCAAGCUCACAGGGAGAGAUGCAAAGAUAUUAAUGAUGCUGGAAAGAAACUGGUGGCAGAUGGCAACCAUAAUGCAGACAGUAUUAACCAACGUUGUCAACAGUUGCAAACUAAACUUGAUCACUUAGCUGCUUUGGCUGGUAGACGUAAAGCCAAGUUGAUCGACAAUUCGGCGUAUCUGCAGUUCAUGUGGAAAGCAGAUGUCGUUGAAAGUUGGAUUGCUGAUAAGGAGACGCAUGUUAAGAGCGAAGAGUACGGAAGAGAUUUGUCGUCGGUGCAGACGCUGCUCACCAAACAAGAGACAUUUGAUGCAGGUCUCACUGCUUUUGAACAUGAGGGUAUUCAGAACAUCACAGCCCUUAAGGAUCAAUUGAUCGCUUCCAAUCAUGAUCAAAGCCCAGCUAUUCUGCAGCGUCACGCCGACGUCAUUGCUAGAUGGCAAAAGUUGCUGGCUGACUCCGACGCUCGUAAACAACGCCUUCUUCAUAUGCAAGAGCAAUUCAGGCAAAUCGAAGAUCUUUUCCUCACUUUUGCCAAGAGAGCUUCUGCUUUCAAUUCUUGGUUUGAAAAUGCUGAGGAAGAUUUAACUGAUCCAGUCCGUUGCAAUUCAAUCGAAGAAAUCCGAGCUUUGCGUGAAGCUCAUGCUCAAUUCCAAGCAUCUUUGUCUAGUGCGCAGGCCGAUUUCGAAGCUCUGGCAGCUUUAGAUCAGCAAAUUAAGAGCUUCAAUGUUGGACCGAAUCCCUACACCUGGUUCAACAUGGAAGCUUUGGAAGAAACUUGGCGUAAUUUGCAGAAGAUUAUUGCUGAGAGAGACGUUGAAUUGAAUAAGGAGGCUCAAAGACAAGAAGAAAACGAUAAAUUGAGAAAAGAAUUUGCUAAACAUGCUAACGCGUUCCAUCUCUGGCUGACGGAAACUCGUUAUCGAAUUCUGGGCUGGGAUGGUACUUCGAUGAUGGAAGGUUCAGGUUCCCUCGAACAACAACUAGAAGCUACAAAACGUAAAGCAGCGGAGGUUCGUGCACGUCGUUCUGAUCUGAAGAAAAUCGAAGAUUUGGGCGCCAUUUUAGAAGAGCAUUUAAUUUUGGAUAAUCGUUACACUGAGCAUUCAACGGUAGGCUUGGCACAACAAUGGGACCAGUUGGAUCAGUUGGGCAUGAGAAUGCAACACAAUCUUGAACAGCAGAUCCAAGCUCGUAACCAAUCAGGUGUGAGUGAAGAUGCUUUGAAGGAGUUCUCAAUGAUGUUCAAACAUUUCGACAAGGAGAAAUCGGGAAAACUGAACCAGCAAGAGUUCAAGAGUUGUUUAAGGGCAUUGGGUUAUGAUCUACCUAUGGUGGAAGAAGGACAACCAGACCCAGAAUUUGAUGCUAUUUUAGACGUUGUUGAUCCAAAUCGGGAUGGAUACGUAUCCUUACAGGAAUACAUGGCAUUUAUGAUAAGUAAAGAGACGGAAAAUGUGCAAAGUUCUGAAGAAAUUGAAAAAGCGUUUAGAGCUAUUACGGCGGGUGAUCGUCUAUACGUCACACAAGAAGAGCUAUAUGCGAAUUUGACAAAGGAGAUGGCCGAUUAUUGCGUAGCAAGAAUGAAACCGUAUGUGGAACCUAAAACUGAAAGACCAAUAGCGGGAGCCUUGGAUUACAUAGAAUUUACCCGUACUCUAUUCCAGAAUUAAAUGUUUAAUGCCCAAAAUCCCCUGAAUGUACAUCAUAAUAGAUAGUAACACUUAUACACGCGCUAUUUCUUUGUCGAGGGUAUUUGGGCAUACAUAUGUUGGUUGCUAUGUAAUAGUCUUCACGUUAUAUUAUUUAUUUUAAUUUUUUUAUAACUAUUGCUUGUAUUUGCAUGGGAAACUACAUAUUAUAUCACGCAUUGUUGUUAUUCACACAAACAUAAAAAAAACAAAAAUAUUGUAUUAAUUUUAAUAAAUGAAUGUUUCUGCAUUCAUUUUAAAAAUAUAUAUUGCCUAUAUAA